CUUCACACGCGCGGGGAAGCAACUCGGAAACGGACCAAGAUGGCGGCGCCCAGUGAGGGGCUAACGUUUGCUGCGGGGGUCGAAAAGAAUUGUAGUGCGGUUGUUCGCUCCCCAGAAGGGACUCCCCAGAAAGUCCGGCAGCUGAUAGAUGAGGGGAUUGCCCCGGAAGAGGGAGGCGCCGAAGCGAAGGACACAUCUGCCACAUUCCAGUCAGUUAAUGGAUCACCCCGAGCAGAAGAACCUCCAUUGGAAUCUACAAGCAAAGAAGCCUUCUUUAGCAGAGUGGAAACCUUUUCUUCUUUGAAAUGGGCAGGUAAGCCCCCUGAGCUGUCUCCACUGGUCUGUGCAAAAUAUGGUUGGGUCACAGUUGAAUGUGAUAUGCUGAAGUGCUCCAGCUGUCAAGCUUUUCUCUGUGCCACUUUACAACCAGCUUUUGAUUUUGACAGAUAUAAGGAACGAUGUGCUGAGCUGAAGAAAGCCUUGUGUACUGCCCAUGAGAAGUUCUGUUUCUGGCCAGACAGCCCCUCUCCAGAUCGAUUUGGGAUGUUGCCAUUGGAUGAACCUGCGGUUCUUGUUAGUGAAUUUGUAGAUCGUUUUCAAAGCCUUUGUCACUUGGACUUCCAGCUUCCUUCCCUGAGGCCAGAGGACUUAAAAACUAUGUGCUUGACAGAAGACAAGAUCAGUCUUCUCCUGAACCUGCUUGAAGAUGAACUUGAUCACCGAACUGAUGAGAGAAAAACUGCAACCAAACUAGGUUCAGACAUCAUCCAAAUCCACGUCACUUCCUGUAUUCUCUCCCUGUGUGGCUGGGCGUGUAGUUCUUCGUUGGAACCCAUGCAGCUCUCCCUGAUAACAUGUUCACAGUGUAUGAGGAAGGUGGGGCUCUGGGGCUUCCAGCAGAUCGAGUCAUCCAUGACCGACCUGGAUGCCUCCUUUGGUCUGACCAGCUCCCCCAUCCCAGGCUCUGAGUGCCGGCCAGAGCGCUUCUCUCUGGUGCCUGAGUCUCCUCGGAGGAUGAUGACUCGGAGCCAGGAUGCCUCGUUUUCCCCAGGCUCAGAGCAGGGUACUUCCAUCAUCUCCCCUUUUCUUCAGGCUGAAAGGAGCCCAGGUCCCAUUGUCUCUAGAACUCGAAGCUGGGACUCUUCCAGUCCUGUCGACCGUCCUGAGCCAGAGGCCGCUAGCCCCACCACCAGAACCCGCCCAGUGACCCGAAGCAUGGGAACAGGAGACACCACUGGCCUGGAAGUGCCAUCUAGUCCUCUUCGGAGAGCCAAACGGGCUCGCCUCUGCUCUUCCAGCAGCUCGGACACAUCUUCCCGAAGCUUCUUUGAUCCCACUUCUCAGCAUCGAGACUGGUGUCCUUGGGUGAAUAUCACAUUUGGAAAAGAAACCAGGGAGAAUGGUGGAACCGAGGUAGAUGCCAGCACCCCGGCAGAGCCAGGCUGGAAGGCAGUGCUGAACAUCCUCUUGGCCCACAAAGAGUCUAACCAGCCAGCUGAAGCCGACUCCAUGAGUCUCUCUGAGAAAUCAAGGAAGGUAUUCCGAAUAUUCCGGCAGUGGGAAUCUUUAUGCUCAUCCUGAAGAUAUUCCAGCCCUUCCUGCAGAGAAGUGGAAUGAGUGGCUUUGAAAAAUGAAACCUGAAUUCCCUUUUGAGCAGCUGAUGCUAAGUUUUUCUCCGUUCUGGUUUAAUCAUAAGGAGCCCCUGCCCUUGCAAAGGUAUGCAUGUCAUCAUCUGCAUCUGACUGAGGGGAAAACCUGUUUGCAACACAGGGAUGUGGGCUGGGAGAGGUAGGGCGACCCUGGCUCUGUUAAAGGGGUGCGUGGUUCCAGAGCUCAACGGAGGACCCAGGGCUCCUUACGAAACUCGACGGAGGACCCAGGACUUGAGCAUUUUUAGUGUCUUUAGUGGGGACAGUGUUUUGAGGAUUCAUAUCCCAGGAAUACGUCAGUAUGUGUUAAUAAAAUAUUUGUUAAGAUUCUUACAGCUGGAGAACUGUUUUCCUCCUUGUCUAAUGGGCUGACAUAAAGGAAGUUGAGACUGAGAAAACUACAGUGGAGCAGUAAACAAAGGCAAAAUUUCAGUUUUCAGAUUGGCUGCAAAGCCUAGAAUUUAUUUGUGAUUCUAGUCAAAGAAGUAUUCCUAAACCAGAGACAAGACAUUGUUCAUUAUAUCACCAGGAGAUCUCCUGAUGUGUUAUAGUGAAUGGUAAGCUGAUAAUUUUCUCUCUUCACUUUGAUAAUAACAGAAUAAGAGACUAUAACAAAGGGAGGAAGGCUCUUCAGAAGAGACCCCUCUCCAUGCGCCUUCUAAUGCAAGGCUCCCCUGAGUGGGGCUCCCCAAGGCUCUUUCACUGCUGGUGGAGAGCAUUGGUGUCCAUGGUGGAGAAGCUGACCCUGACCUGCCCCAACUAAAUAGACUACCCACUGAGAAAGUGACCAUGAAGGAAACUAGCUAUUCUCCAGAAUGUCGUACUUUCUUUUAGUGACUGUGGUUGGUUGGUUUUAUAACUCACUUCUUUUAUACUGAAGUAUUUUAAAGAACAUAUAUAAUAUAAUAUUCCACCCAUGCUAAACUUCAGGUUAUAGCUCUAAAAAACAGAACAUUUUUUCUAUGUACUACAGCCAAAAAAAUUAAUAAUCCCUUAAUAUCAUCUAAUACCCAGUCCAUAUACAAAAUUCCCAAUUGUUCCAAAAAUGUCCUUUACAUUUGAUUUGUCCAAACCAGGAUCCAAUUCAAGAUCAUGGGUUGCAUAAAUCUCUUUAGUCUAAAGGACAGUCCCUUUUUCUCAUAUAUGUCAGAUUUAAAAUUUGUCAUUUUUCAAUCCUGACUUUUUAAAAGGGUAAAUAGUGUUGAUAUCUUUCCUAAAUCAAGCCUCCAUCCGUGGAUAAGCCUGUUAGAGGCUGCUUCCAAGUUAUUUUUCUAGGGGUGCUCUUUUGCCUUUGGCACUAAUGAAAGGCUUGACUGUUCAUUCUCCAGUCUCCAUGGUCCCCUUGGAGGCUGAUUAGUGGGCAGCUCUCUAAUGAGAGCUUCUGGAAUGAGACUUCUGGCCCAGGGUGGGAAGCCAUUUGCUGACAAGUGACUAUGUAGAAGUCUGCUCACUAGAAGCUCAUAGCCUCUAGAUCAUGGUUUCUUAAGGAGUAGUGUAGAAUCAUUAACACAAGGUAUUCAAAUGGACUACAAGCCUAAGUUUCAGUUUAUAAUAAUGUGGGGGUUUUUUUUGUCUUUCCAUUACAAUUUUUGAUUUUGACCUCCCUCCAAAAAAUGUUUUUACUUUUCUUUAAAAUAGGCGAAGUUCCACACUUUUUUUGGUUUUGUGUUUUUUCAAUCAUAAAUGGAAGCAGAUUGGGAUAGACUUGAUGUGACUCAAGAAACAUUAAGUUUCUUCCAUGUGUGUGGCACUGUCCAAGCCCUUAUAUAAUGCAAAGGUAAGUGACCACCUGGUUUCCACCCUCAAGAAGUUUAUAGUCCAGGGACUUCCCUGGUGGUGCAGUGGUUAAGAAUCCACCUGCCAAUGCAGGGGACACGGGUUUGACCCCUGGUCCGGGAAGAUCCCACAUGCCGCAGAGCAACUAAGCCCACAUUCCACAGCUAGUGAAGCCUAGAGGCCGUGCUCCACAAUGAGAAGCCCGUGCACCGCAACAAAGAGUAGCCCCCGCUCGCCGCAACUAGAGAAAGCCCACACGCAGCAACAAAGACCCAACACAGCCAAAAAUAAGUUUAAAAAAAAAAUGUUUAUAGUCCAGCCUGGAAGAUACGUUUGUACAUAAAUGUUACACAAGACAAACAGUGCUAAAUACUCCAGGAGUAUAAAAGAAUUCUCAUCUUUUGAAUAUAUGGAAUUGUAGAGAACUGGGGGGAAGGUGUGGAUUUGGCCUGGGCCUUGGAGAUGAGCUGGAGAUGUAUGCGCCAUGAGAACAGGGACCUUGUCUGUCUUGUUCAUCAUCUCAACACUUAAAACUGCCCUGCACAUGGUAGACUCUAAAUACAAGAAGGAUAUUUGAGGCUGGAGGAACAUUGAGCAAAUGAGCAGAAUUUCAUAUGUUCUUGAAAGAGUGGGUAUUCUGCUGUGGCUAGAGCUUUCCAUUGAGUAGAAGAGAAAGGAUAAAAGAAUACAAGUUGGGCCACUUUGGAGUCUGAGGACUUUGGUCUUGAAUCUGUGGGAAAAGGGAAGCCGUUGAAGAAUUUUUGAGCAGGGAAAUGACGUUCAGGCUCAGGAAGAUAAUCCUGGUGUCUGUAUAACGCGCAGUAGGGGAGACAGAGGAGUCUGAGUGAGGUGUGAUGGCAGGGAAAAUGGAUGCCUUGAUAGAAAUGUCAGUGGUGACUUCAACGUCAGUUUGGGCGUGAGGAAGAAGGGAGGAGUCAUGGAUGGCCUUGAGGUUUGUGGCCUGCCCAAUCAAGAUAGAGAACUCAGGUGGGGAGGGAAGAUAGUAGUUUUAUUUUUACCAUUUUGAGUUCAGUUAUGUAAAAAUAUCUGUCUAGAAAUGGUGUUUUAGAGGUCAGGAGAGGAGGGUUCAUUGCAUUAAAGUCAAGGAUCAUUGUUUCAAAUGCUCAGAACCUAUAGAAUCUAAAGCCACAUAGAGUGAUGCUGUCAACCUCAUGAUCUCACAAGGAUCUUAAUGCCAGCCUGUUUAACAGUGUACCUGAGGGCUCCACACUACCUGUCAAGUUUAUGGUGAAUAUACUACGAGGACGGACUGAGUAUACUUUCAAAUAGUAAUGGGUGGUCUCAGAUGGGGUGAUGAUUAAUUUUACGUGUCAGUUUAACUGGGUUAAGUAUGCCCGGAUAGCUGGUAAAACAUUAUUUCUGGAUAUGUCUGUGAGCGUGUUUCCAGAAGAGAUUAGCAUUUGAGUUGGUAAACUUAGUAAAGAAGAUCACCCUUGGACUUCCCUGGUGGCACAGUGGUUAAGAAUCCGCCUGUCAAUGCAGGAGACGUGGGUUCGAGCCCUGGUCCAGGAAGAUCCCACAUGCUGUGGAGCAACUAAGCACAUGUGCCAAAACUACUGAGCCUGCACUCUAGAGCCCACGAGCCACAACUACUGAACCCAUGCGCCACAACUACUGAAGCCUCCGUGCCUAGAGCCUGUGCUCCGCAAGGAGAGAAGCCACCAAAAUGAGGAGCCCUCGCACCGCAAUGAAGAGCAGCCCCCGCUCGCUGCAACUAGAGAAAGCCCGUGUGCAGCAACGAAGACCCAAUGCAGACCAAAAAAAAAAAAAAAAAAAAGAUCACCCUCAACAAUGCAAGUGGGCAUCAUCCAAUCCACUGAGAGCCUGAAUAGAACAAAAAGGCUGAGGAAGGGCAAAUUUGCUCUCUUCUUGAGCUGGGACCUCCAUCUUCUCCUGCCCUGGGACAUCGGAGCUCCUGGUUUUUGGGCCUUUGGAGUUGGACUGGGACUGAACCAUUGGUUUCCUGGGCCUCCAAGCUUGCAUAUGGUGGAUAAUGGGACUUCUCAGCCUCUGUAAUCACUUGAGCCAAUUCACAUAAUAAACCUUUC